GGAACACCUUCGCUUCUCCUUGACCUCCUCCUCCCUUCCCAUCGUCACCUUCUCUCUCCUCGGUCGGGAAUCGUUCAGCCCGGAUUGCUGAUUCUCAAUCUCACGGCCCAACUAGUGUCUCCACUCUCGGUCGUCAUCGCCCGGAACGCAUCCGCCUAUCGACGACGCCCAAUCCUCAGGGAACUUCCUUACCCCACAGCGCUCCAUCCCCGAUCAUCCCUCGUUUCCCCUCCGUUCUCACGCCCGCAUUCACGCUCUCUGCUGGAUACACCGACAUCAUAACCCGCCCACUCGGUAUCCUGUCGAUCCUCGUUCUUUCCGGCUUCUGUGGAUGGGAGCUUCCCGCUCCUAGUAACCCCCGACCUGCAAGAUGGUUCAGUCGCCUAUGAUCUCGUGUCCGCUGAAGCAGACCAACGAAAUCGAUUGGAUCCGCCCCCUCAAGGAUUACAUUCGCCAGAGCUAUGGCGAGGACCCCGAGCGCUAUGCUCAGGAAUGCGCGACUCUCAACCGCUUGCGCCAGGAUAUGAGAGGUGCGGGGAAGGACAGUGCGACGGGGCGCGACCUGCUCUAUCGGUAUUACGGACAGCUGGAGCUCUUGGAUCUGAGGUUCCCGGUGGACGAGAACCACAUCAAGAUUUCGUUCACCUGGUACGAUGCCUUUACUCACAAGUCGACUUCGCAAUACUCGCUUGCUUUUGAGAAAGCCUCGAUCAUUUUCAACAUCUCGGCCGUGCUCUCGUGUCAUGCCGCCAACCAGAAUCGCGCGGAGGAUACCGGCCUGAAGACCGCCUAUCACUCCUUCCAGGCAGCCGCGGGAAUGUUUACCUACAUCAACGAGAACUUCCUCCAUGCCCCGUCGACCGACCUGAACCGGGAAACCGUCAAGACCCUGAUCAACAUUUCGCUCGCUCAGGGACAGGAGGUGUUCCUCGAGAAACAAGUGGCGGAUCAAAAGAAGGCCGGCUUCCUGGCUAAGCUGGCCGGUCAGGCGGCGUAUCUAUACUCCCAGGCCGUCGAAGGCAUCCAGGAGCAUGCCAAGGGUGUCUUUGAGAAGGUCUGGUUGAUUGUCACCCAGGCGAAGGCGACGCACAUGACCUCGGUCGCAUCUUACUACCAGGCCAUCGCCGACAGCGAGGCCAAUUCUCACGGAGUGGCCAUCGCGCGACUGCAGUUGGCAGAAAAGAACUCGACGGCGGCAGUAGGAUGGGCCAAGUCGUUCCCCUCCUCCGUUCCUCCGACUUCCAACUUGAGCUCCGAGACCGGGCCAACCCUGAUGGACAUCAUCAAGCACCAGCUGGCUAAGGUGCAGGCGACACUCAAUACAUUCGUCAAGGACAAUGACUUCAUCUACCACCAGCCGGUGCCGAAUGAGGCGGGGUUGUCUGCCGUCGCCAAGCUGCCCGCGGCUAAAGCCAUCCCGGUCAGUGAGCUCUACCAAGGUCAAGAUAUCCAGCGCAUCAUUGGGCCGGACAUCUUCCAAAAGCUCGUCCCAAUGUCUGUCACCGAGACGGCCAGUCUUUACGACGAGGAGAAGGCAAAAUUGAUCCGAGCGGAGACGGAGCGAGUCGAGACUGCUAAUGGAGAAAUGGCUGCCAGUCUGGACUACUUGAAGCUGCCCGGAAGCUUAAACAUUCUGAAGGGUGGGAUGGACCAGGAAAUGUCCGUCGAUGAGGAGUUCCGGCAGUGGUGCUCGGAACUUGCUGGCCAUUCUUCCUUCACCAAAGCGUUCGACAAUCUGCAGGACCGCAAGACGGAUGUUCUCGCGCAGUUGGACCAGUGCUCGAAGCAGCUCGAUCUGGAAGAAAGCGUAUGCGAAAAGAUGCGCUCGAAAUACGGAGCGGACUGGAGUCAACAGCCCAGUGCCCGACUCAACACCACUCUCCGCGGCGACGUUCGUACCUACCGAGACACCGUCAAUGAGGCCAGUGCGAGCGACGCUCAACUACUGUCCACCCUGCGGCAGUACGAGUCAGACUUUGACGAAAUGCGGUCGGCUGGCGAAACCGACGAGGCCGAUGUGCUCUUCCAGCGGGCGAUGAUCAAGGCCGGCUCCAAGUAUGGCAAGAAGAACGGGCACAGCAGCCCGUACUCUGCGACUGCAGAGGGAAGCCUGUUGGAUGACGUCUACGACGAGGGCAGUCUCUCCGUGACGGACCAAAUUACGCGAGUGGAAUCUAUUCUUAAGAAAUUGAACCUCGUCAAACGAGAGAGAUCUCAAGUUUUGAAGGAUCUGAAGGAUAAAGUUCACAACGAUGACAUCUCCAAUGUUUUGAUCUUGAACAAAAAGUCCAUCACUGGGCAGGAAACCCAGCUUUUCGAAGCCGAGUUGGAGAAGUUUCGCCCGCACCAAAACCGACUCCUUCAGGCCAACCACAAGCAGUCUUCACUUAUGAAGGAACUCACCAAGAUCUACGGCGAUCUGCUGCAGGAUAAGCGGGUUCGGUCCGAACAGUCGAAAUACGAGACCAUCACCCGCCAGCGGAACACCGUCAUGGCGCGAUACAAGAAAAUCUACGAUGCUUUCAACGGUCUGCGGUCCGGGGUUGUUCAAGCGCAGACCUUCUAUACGGAGAUGGCCGAGACCGUGGACAGUUUGAAAAAGAACGUCGAGACCUUCAUCAACAACCGACGAGCAGAAGGCGCUCAGCUCCUGGGCCAGAUUGAGCGUGACAAGGCGAGCGGUGCAUCGGAACAGGAGGACCGCGAGCGUGAGAAGCUCCGACAGCUCAUGGAGCGCCUAUCCACCGAACCGAAGCCAUCGUCCGCAUCCUCCGGCUCAUCAGCCGCUCCAUCCAAGGUGCCUGGCAAGGUGCCCGGCAAGGUGAAAUCCCCUCCGCCGCCCGUCCAAACUCCUGGAUACCCAGGUCCGGGGAUUUCGUCCCCGAAGAUGUCGCCGCAUUACCCGCCCACCGGAAAGCCUCUGUCCCAUUCCCCAGCGCCUUACGGGCAAUACAUGUCUCCUUCCAGCGGCGUGUCCUACGUACCGGGACAGUCAUUCCAGCAGGGAGCGGCCGCGCCUCUCUCCGAAGGCUACAACCCGAUGGCAUACCCUUUCCCUCCAUCCGUUUCGCCUCCACCCAAUCAACAGUUCUACUCGUCCACUCCCGUCCCAUUCGGUAGCUUCAACGGCCCUACGCCCUCGACGACCCCGUCACAGUUCAUGCCCCAGGGCUACGUUCCGCCUCCACCACCCCCACGUCCUCAACAGACCUCGUACCCGCCAGCAUCGGGCCCAUUUCCCUCAGGUCCGGGCGGAUACGCCCAGACCCGACCCUACGGUUCGAGCCAGCAUCACAAGGCCCAGUCACAGUCCUCGCAGUCCCAAGGCCAACCGGGAACUGGGUCCGGUGAUCCCUGGGCCGGCCUGAACGCCUGGAAAUGAUUAUAACUCAUCAUUAUCAUGAACAACUUCAAAAGCGGGCGGUCGUGAAAAUGAAGUAUGAUAGACUUUAUGUUAUGGAUUUGAGGGGAAGGUUCUUUGCAUUUGGGCGUUGAAUCGUUUUACGUUUCUUGGUUCUCAGUUCCAGUUCUUUGGUUUCUCCGAUUAAUCGUUGGCCUGUCUUUGUGUUGUCUGUUCUGUUUUUAGCUCCUUGCUAUUCCUGAUUUCUUUCUGGUCUUGCAGAGUAUACAUUCAGGCUCCCUUAACGUCGAUUUCUAUCUUUAUUGUCUGGUUUCUUUCUAUAUAUGUAUGUAUCAUCUAUACCAAGCGAAGUCUUUUCGAU